UACUCACAAUUAUGAAAUAGAUAGGUUGUGAAGAGUGUGAGUGGAAUAAUUAAAAAAAUAACAAGGAUCACAAUAAUAAACACCGUAUCGUUUCUUCGCCCGGGACAACUCGCAUCUUUAACGACGUAAAACAAGGAGGCAUGACAACAUACGCGAAGUGGUUUGCAGCAGUUUUAACUACAGGGGCGGCCGUCUGUGUAGUAAUGUGGAUAAGCAUGCCGAUACCAAAGGUCUACCCAAUAUACGCUCAAAUCAACCUCGAAUCGCCGAUCUAUGUCGAUGACGCCCCGCCAGGAGUCGACGCCCACAAUUCGAGAAAGAUCGAUAAUAAUGUCGAAAGGGCGGCUGGAAUGGUCGGCAAUCUUGCGCAAAAGAUUGACAUAAGUGAUGAUGAAUCAGUAAUCUGCAGUCACAAAGCCCUAAAGACCCCUGACGCCUUCCACAAGUUCCUUUCCAACACUUCGUCGGAAUGCGGAAGUCUCGCCCAGUUACCACCCGAAUACACUCCACGACACAACAUCAGGGGCAACUGGAUGUGCACAACCCCAAAAUACCUGACAAGGGGUGACUGUCUCAUCUACUUCUUUGUUGAUGGACUAGACACCUCGUUCGCCGAGAAAGCUCACGAACGGAUGAAUUGCAAGGUGUUCGUUUUUGAGCCGCAUGAAAGGGAAGGUCAACUAAGGUCAGAUGCAGUUAAAUUCUAUCAUAAAACCAUAAUGGUAAACCAGAAUGAUAAAGGAAAGAUAAAGAUGGUAUAUAACCAGCUCAUGACCCUCAUGAAAAGUUUGAAUCACCAUGACAGCCAAAUCGACCUCCUGAAAAUCGACACAACGCAAGGAGAAGAGUUAAUCAUACUUGGGAACAUAUUCUUUGCUCCGCGACCACUGUACUUAGAUAUAAAGCAGAUUAGCUACGCCAUUCAUUUGAGAGCAGGAAUAACAACGGAGUUGCAAUUACACUGGCUCUACUUCGAACUCUUGCAAUGUCACGAUUUCCGCCUCGUACGAACUGAUGUUGCAGAGUAUGAGGAUGAGCUGAAGCCUGGGUCGAAAGUGAAAGUAUAUGAGGUGCUUUGGGUCAAAAAGCAGUGACAAUUCAGUUAGUUUUUUUUUCUUUAUUUCUUUCUUUUUUAAGGGAGAUUUGGCCUCUUAAAACUGAGUUGACUUCUUAAGGGUGAGUUGACCUUUAUGAGUGACUCAAUUGCUUAAGGAUGAGCUGACUUUUAAAGGUGACUUGAUUUCUUAAGCACAAGCUGUUAUUUUAUGCUGACUUGAUUUCUUAAGGUUGAGCUAACCUUAUCUUUGGGGGUGACUUGAUUUCUUUAAGGUGGGCUAACUUUUAAGGGUGCCUUGUUUUAAGACUGAACUGACCUUUAAGGGUGACUUUAUUUCUAAGUGUGAGUUAUCCUUUAAGGGUGAGCUGACUUUUAAGGGGUUACUUAAUUUCUUACAGGCGAUCAGACUUGAUAAGGCUGUCUUCAUUCUUUUUUCAACUGGAUUAAUGUGAUAUACCCAUAUAUAUUACCUUUCCAAUAAUUUUCUUCUUGUCAAAAAUAAUUUUAAAUCUAAAAUCACCAUUGAUAAUAGAUAAUUUUACCUGGAUAAUCUUUCAUGCUUUUUAUAUGACAAAUUUAUGAAAAGUGGAUUGUUCAUAAUGUUAACAAUAUGCUAGGAUGUUAUACUAAUGUUAACAAAUACUUAUAGGUUGAACAAGAUUAAUCUUAUAAUUAAUAAACUAAUUAUUAUAUUUCAACAGGUAGUAUUGAUUAGUGUAGUCUGUUAUAUAUUACAACAGAUUUUGAACAGUAAAGAUGAAUAUUAACAGCAAAAUUAUAAUAGAAGGAAAGAAUUUUUAUAAGAAAGAUGAGUAAAAGCAGAGAAUAUUGAUAGUAACAGAUGAACAGAAAACAAGCACUGGAGAGAGAGACAAAGAAAAAAAAAACAUGCAAAGAAUAAGAGAGAAAUAGAAAAGGUACAAAAAAUAAAAGAGAAAAAGAAAAUAAUUAAUGAAAAUAUAAUAAAACAUGAAUGAUUUUGUUCAAGAGUAAUUUUCAUCCUGCUUGUUAGUCUAUGUGCAAUUUUAGUGUUCUAUACAAGAACUCACUAGGUUAUGGAAGGAUUCUGAUUUUAAAACGUUUAUGAUUUCUUUCCGAAGCCUCCAUGGUGGGAACGACUCAUUUUGGCACUGAGUGUUUUAUAAUGUCUAGGGCUAAUUUGGGUGAUCUCGCUACCAUUUUCUCUAAUCCUAAAAUCAUUACAACAGCCAUAUUUUUAUCAACCUUUCAUUGGUUUCUGUGACCUCGGGUAAAGUGUGGGCCCAUGGAGGAAAUACAACUAUUUUCUCAACUUGUUUGUUUUAAUGGCUUUUUGUAAUUCUAAUUACUUAUCAUUCAGAAAUUUGCAUUUGUUUACAUGGAAAUCUUGCAAGGGAAUAACUGAAACAACUAAUUAAGAAAAUCAUUUUAUCUUGGCAAAUAUUUGACACAAGAAACAAAAUAUCAAUUGUAUGUAUUUCUACCAAAAACAAACCUGUUUUUGUAAUUGCUGAUAGUUUCAGAAAAAAAAACUCUGAUAACACUACUAAUAGCAUUAUUAGUAUUUAUACUUGAGAAAAAAGACAUGAUGUGCUGUAGUGUUGAAGUAAAUACUAUAGAAGUCACUGGUAUUAGCAAAUACUUAAAUGAAUAAAAAAUAAUUUGCAUCAGAUAAAUGUAUAAGGAAGAGUCAUCAACACCAUCUGAUAAUUCAAUUAAAGUUUCAUCUCCAUACAAUAUAUAUAUAUACACAAUGCUUUUAUAUUACAUUAACUAAAACUGAAAUCUAAAUUAUCCAUAGUGUAAAGAGUAUCUACAACAGGGUUCCCAACCU